ACGUCAUGUAUUUUGUUCUCUGGAAAAAAGGGAGCGUUCUCAAAAUACUGGCUUGUUAAAUCUGAUUGCUGUGUUGUGGUGAAAUUUGAUAGUGGAGUUUUACUGCUGAGCACACAUAGACUGAUCUGGAGGGAUCAGAAGAAUCAUGAGUGCUGCAUUGCUGUACCUCUCUCUCAGAUUGUAUUUAUUGAAGAGCAAGCAGCUGGGAUAGGAAAGAGUGCUAAAAUAGUAGUUCAUCUUCAUCCUGCUUCUUCAAACAAAGAGCCUGGUCCAUUCCAAAGCAGCAAAUAUUCCUACAUCAAACUUUCUUUCAAAGAACAUGGGCAGAUUGAGUUCUACAGACGAUUAUCAGAAGAAAUCACACAAAGGAGAUGGGAGAGCAUGCCCACUGGUCAGGCCAUGCAAGUUAACAAGGAUUCACAGGCAGGAAGAAUAAGGGCUGUAGGAAUUGUAGGUAUUGAAAGGAAAUUAGAAGAAAAAAGAAAAGAGACUGACAAAAACAUUUCCGAGGCUUUUGAGGACCUUAGCAAACUAAUGGAGAAGGCUAAGGAAAUGGUGGAAUUAUCCAAGUCAAUAGCUAACAAGAUUAAAGAAAAACAAGGUGACAUCACUGAGGAUGAGACCAUUAGGUUCAAGUCCUAUUUAUUGAGUAUGGGUAUAGCUAAUCCAGUAACGAGGGAAACAUAUGGAUCUGGUACACAGUACCACAUGCAACUGGCAAAGCAGCUGGCUGGAAUCCUGCAGACACCCUUAGAGGAGAGAGGGGGGAUCAUGUCUCUUACAGAAGUGUACUGCCUGGUGAAUCGUGCUCGAGGACUAGAGUUGCUCUCACCAGAAGAUUUAGUAAAUGCUUGUAAAAUGCUGGAAUCACUGAAAUUGCCACUAAGGCUUCGGAUAUUUGAUAGUGGGGUAAUGGUGAUUGAACUCCAGUCUCAUAACGAAGAGGAAAUGGUAGCUGCUGCUUUAGAGACAGUAUCUGAAAAGGGUUCUCUCACAGCUGAUGAGUUUGCUAAGCUGGUGGGGAUGUCUGUUCUCUUAGCCAAAGAAAGGCUGCUUCUUGCUGAAAAGAUGGGCCAUCUUUGCAGAGAUGAUUCAGUGGAAGGCUUGAGAUUCUACCCAAAUUUAUUUCUGACACAAAGCUAAUACCAUUUGUGUACAAUUGGUUAUGUAAUAGUUGAACAAGAGAGCAGAGGGCAGAAUCUUUCCAAGAACUGACUUUAAAAUUUUGAUUUCGCUAGUCAACUGCAACAAACAUGAACAUUGCAAUGCUUUUACAGUUCUCAGGUAUUUCAAGUGCUGAAUCCUCUUACUUGGAACUGAAAGGAAAUAGAAAUCACAAAGUCGGAAGCAUGUCUACUGUCUCAAGACAACUCACUCAUUUUUCAAGUUUUAUUUGAUGUUCUGUGUAGUUUCUCAUUUCAAGAGAAGAUACCAUACCAGUGAAGAGAAUAUCAUCGUAGAGUGCUGAGGGUCAGCGCCCAGGUUACUACAUACUCCAAUUCCAGUUUGUUUAUGUCUGGAGCAACAAAGCAGACAGAUGUAUCCACAGUGAUAAGAAGCAGGACUUUGGGGUGUACUGAGGUAUAAGGAACAAACUAGUGUAGAAUAACCCUGUCUCUCAGAAGUGAUGAAUAGUUUUCUAGGGGAGGAUCUUGGGGUACCGGAAUUCGAGACAGAAAGAACCUGCUGCAAGAGAGAUUAUAGCAUGUCAUGCAAAUCUAGAAAUUACCAUGUUUAUUUUGUCAUAUCUUACACUAAUAUCUCAGAUAGAAGCAUUGUUAGCACAUGCUUCCUCCCUUCUCUUUCCUUGCCAUCUUCCUUCCUGUCCAUUUAUGUUGCACUUUGGGUGCCCUUUCUCUGUCCUCUCUGUAGCAGAGUGGAGCAGCCUCCUGUCACUUUACCAGACUCUGUGCUUUAAUGUGCUUGUAUUUUAUCUUGUUCUUCUAACAAAAGAUCAUUUGUUUGUUUCAUCAGCCUACUACCUGUUUUGGGGAAACAGUUCAUUUGCUUACCUCUUAUAUGUGAAAAUUAAUAUGCUUUUUAUAUUGAAGGGAGGAAGAAGACUAUCACCCUGUGUUCAAUAAUCACAAGGUAUCAUUGUUUGGUAUUCCUCACCCUGUGUUCACACUGAAUGCAAUAUAAUAGCCUCGGUUUUCAUAACUCCAGUGGAGUUGCUACACUACUUGAAGAUCUGUCAUGAUAAUAACGUGUUAAGUGGAUGUUUAUGAUCCACAUUACCUGAAUUUUUGGCAUUUUGAAGUGACUAUUUUUAAUAAAUAAAUUCAAGGUAUGGGCAAGGACAGCA